UAACUCGGAGCAGUUGCAGUUCCUGUGUUUUAUUUCAUUUCCGGUUUCGGUCAAUGGCUCAGCUGUAAACGGAAACAGUAGAAGAAGAGGAAGCGAAGGCGCAGCGAGGGAAGUUAAAAUGUCUGCUCCGAAAACAAUCCCGAAAGAUGCUCAGGUGAUGAUCCAGAUUCUGAAGGACAUGGGAAUCACAGAGUAUGAGCCCAGAGUCAUCAACCAGAUGCUGGAGUUCACCUACAGAUACGUGACCACCAUCAUCGAAGAUGCGAAAACCUACGCCUCACACGCCAACAAGUCCAACGUGGACGCCGACGACAUCAGACUGGCCAUCCAGUGCCGCAUGGAUCAGUCGUUCACCUCACCGCCGCCACGAGAUUUCCUGUUGGAGGUCGCCAGGCAGAAGAACCAGACCCCCCUCCCUCUCAUCAAACCCUACACCGGCCCCCGGCUGCCCCCAGACCGCUACUGUCUGACCGCCCCCAACUACAGACUCAAGUCCAUACAGAAGAAGGUGUCGUCGUCUGCCGGCAGGAUAUCGGUGCCUCGCCUCAGUGUCGGCGCCGUCACCAGCAGGCCGACCACGCCUACGCUUGGGACGCCGUCUGUGCAGUCGGUCACCACUAAAGUCGGCACUCCAGUGUCUUUGACAGGUCAGAGGUUCACCGUGCAGAUCCCGCCGCCCUCUCAGACAACCACCACCAAACCCACAACGCCAUCCACACCCGCUGUCUCCAACGUCCUCAUCAACCCAUCUCUGAUUGGCUCCAAGAACAUCCUCAUUACGACCAACAUGGUGUCACAGAACUCAGGCGGAGAGUCGCUGAAGAGGAAGCACGAAGACGACGACGACUACGACACUUUAUGACGCUGAACGCGACGUCGUCACGCCAAUUUUGUACUGACCUUUAAAAAAAUAACCUCAGCAGAGACUGUAAGAGGCUCCUGACAGAGUUUGUUUGAGAGGAACACGACACCUGCUCACAGCGGGAUUGAAGCUGGACUGUGGAUUCAAAGCUGCAGGGGAAAGGAAAAGUGAAGUGAUUCUCAAUAAAAUGAAUAAAAGAUGUGAUCACGUCUGGUUGUUGGAACCCAAAAUUUACAUUUAGAACAAGAAGACUUUAACUUAUAAAUCUGAAGGUGUUUCACCUUUGAGUCCUGUAGUGAAAAAUGUUAACUUCUGAAAAAAAUCCCUAAAACAUUUAGGUCAAACGUUUGUGUUUUUUAUGAAAUCAAUGAAAACCAAUAAUUCCACUAAUGUCCAGCAGUUAGUCACUCCUCUUAGAUUCACAUGUUAGAACUUGACAGCAAAAACAAUUAUGUUUACAGACGUAUACACAAACUGUUUGGUCUGUUUGAUAAUUUAAUCCUCAACAACUGUACAUCAAGGUGGUGGUACUUUUUUUUAUAUAUAAUACAUUUCUUUAUAUUAUGGUGUAAGUACUUUUUAGUAACGGCAUCUGGAUGUUUUACAGAAUCAGUAAGAAUGAUGGAGGGGUCCUUCACUUUAACACAGACACAGGUAUUGUGGUUUAAUGAGAAUCUGCGUGUUAAAAUAGACUGAAUACAAUUAUAUAGUUCUGAAAAUGGUAGGGGUUACUUUAGUCAGAAAACAUGGGUACACAUGUUUAAAAAGCCUUUAAAGGCUCAACCUGAACUAUUUUACUCCCCCUUGAUUUAUAAAAAUGUAAUAAAGAGACCAGAGUGGGGUGUUUGUGUUUUCUUACAGGUGUGGAGUUCCACAGGGCUCUGUCAUGGGUCCUCUGCUUUUUGUUCAAACAUUGUAGUUGACUUUCAUUGUGUUGUUUUAGUUUUUAUUGGGUCCUCAAUGAUGUUUUAAGAUGUUGUGUAAGGGGGGAAAUAGAGUAAUUCAGUUUGGCAUGUACUAUUCUGCUUUAAUGUAUUCUGAUGAAAAGUAUGUUUUAUCAGAAAAAAUGAUCUUCACCCAGUACAAGUCACCUUUAGCAUAAUUUAGCCUUGGAACAGAUACUGAACAUUAAAAUAACUGAGUUCUGUCCUGUGAGAGAUUACGUUCAUGCUCUUAAAGGAAAAAAAAACAAAAAAAAAAACUAAACCAGCAGAUAAAGUGCAGAUUUUCAUAUGGAAACUUCAGCGCUCUGCUGGAUCUUGUUUUUGCUGUCGGGGUAUUUUAAAUGCACUUAUCUGACCAGUAAUAUUGCUGCUGUGGUAACAGACCAGUUUGGAUGUUACUGAGCACGCGCCUUGAGGCGACUGUUGUCUGGUUUAGUUUCCUCCGUCUGAAUGUUCACUUAAAUGGUCCUCGAGAUAAAACCAGUGUUCGGUCUUCAUAAACCCAUCAUCGGUUUUUCUUCACCGUAAAGCCUGAUGCUGACCAAGUGUUUUUUGUAGUUCCCAUCAUCAAUACAGAAAAAAAAACAUUUUAACCCAAGAAUAUGUCAUAAAUUGUUCCAAACACACUUCCAAGAAUGUAAAUGUAGCCUAUUUUGUUGUCUCACCCUCCUUUAUUGGUCGAAAUCAGACAUGUGACUUUACCUAGUUUCUGUUCAGAUACAAAUGUGAUUUUUUUUGCCAACAAAUAAUUCACAGCUUCAUUGUCUGAGAUUAAAAAAAACAGAAGCAGAGCCCCGGUGUCUGUUAGUUCUUUUUACCUUUAAUAAAAAGAAAACUAAAAUAAAAAUCUCAACAUAAAAAAUACAUGGCGAAACAAUAGACUCUUAAAUGAUUAUGAGAAUAAUCAUGGUCGCAAUGAUGAUACAGUAGAAUAAUAAGAAGUCACCAUAAUAAUAAUAAUAAUAAUAAUAAUGAUCUGAAGCAUAAUAAUCAUAGAUCUGUUCUGGUGUCCGUUCCACCAGCAGAAAUCACUUCCUGUUUUAUAGACAUUAUGGUAAGCAUCGCACAGGCCGGGGCGUGGCACUUGUCAAAAUAUUUUCACACUUAGCAAAGUUACCCCACAUAUGCACGACAAAAUAAGGACAGAAUCACAGCUCGUACGAUUCACAGCACUGCUUGGAAACAAAAUUUCAAACAAAGGAAUUCAAAUCAUGCUCCGAGUCGGCUUCUUCAUCGAAGUCUUCUUUUAGGUUCGCAGCUGUAACGUUUGACUGAGUGAAGGAAGGAAGGAGGGAAAUUUGGCAGUUUUAAAAUUGAACAAAACAGAAAGUUCAAGUCGUGAAACCCCGACAAAAAAUUUUAGGGAAAAAUAAAUGUUAACAUUCUUCUUCGUCUUCUGAAAUAAAAUGUCUGCAGUUCUGCGGGGUUUUCGGCCAAUGAAAGUGCAGUGCUCGUGUUCAUCUGAAAUGUUGAUCUGUACGGGGAUUUGGGGCCAAAAAUCAUUAACAAAAUAAUAUUAAUAAUAACGAUAAUAAAGCCUAGAAUAAAAGCAACAGAUUCGGAAAGCUGGCAUCUAAACCCUGAAGUCCUUCACAUCGUGUCCGAGUUUGGAUGGAGGAAAGAAAAGAGAUCUCUUAAAUGGGUUGAUGGUCUUGAGAGGGCGAGGCGGGAUGUUGGUUAGGUCGAUUUAGAAUGGAAACGCUGGUGCUGUUCAUUUUGGCUGUCACUUUUCUCAUGGCACCUAAAAGCUACUUCCUGUAAGUAAAUGUGCUACAAAAACUGUUUAAAACCUUCCAAAAUGAGCUAAAGUUUCAAAAGAACGUGAAGAAGAGCAGCAUGGCUGCACUUUGGACCACAA